CAGACAUAGUACUGCUGGCCCUGCGAUUUCCGCGUUCACGGAGUCGUGGAAUCUAUUUUUAAAAGCUAAAUUGUGGAAGAGGAACGUACGUCUGAGGGAAACUGCAGGGAGGGAAGCAAAACUGGGUGGCACAACAAGCCCCCUCCACACACUGAGCCCCCCCUUCAAAACAAUGUAAGCAUGGCUCACGGCUCUGUGUCCAUCGGCGAAAACACCGAGGAAGUCGACACUGACCCCUCAGUACAGAGCCGAGCAGAUUUCUGUGUGAAGUUUUGUUUUGCAAAUUCUGCCAAAACUCGACUGACUGGAAGCGUAAAAAUACGUGCAGUGACCACGUACUGUCCAAAAGCCAUGUGACCUGGAGGUCUGUCCAGGUGGACAGAUUGGAAGUGGGAGACGGGGUGGGGGUGCCAUGCAGCAAAGGUCCUCCAGCCGGGAUUUGAACCAGCGCCCUCUGUACGUCCAGCAGCUGCUGGGGAGAGAAGAAGAGGAUCCUCCUGAGCAGCAGGAGAGGAGCUCCAGUCUGGACCAGGAGGAACCAGAACCCCCACACAUUAAAGAGGAACAGGAGGAACUCUGGACCCGUCAGGAGGGAGAGCAGCUUCCAGGGCUGGAGGAGGCUGAUAUCAAGGUCACAUUCAGUCCUGUCCCUGUGAAGAGUGAAGAAGAUGAUGAUGAGGAACCUCAGUCCUCACAGCUUCAUCAGAGACAGACUGAACAGAUGGAGACAGACGCUGAUGGAGAGGACUGUGGAGGACCAGAACCAGACAGGACCUCAGAUCCAGAUGGAUAUUUAAAACCUGUUACUGAUAAUGAGACGUCACGCUUCUCUGAACCCGAACGAGAGACUGUAACACGACUCAGCUGCUCAGUUUGUAAAAAAACGUUUUCAAGCAGAUCUAAUGUUGUGACGCACAUGAGAAUCCACACAGGGGAGAAACCGUUCAGUUGCUCAGUUUGUGGUAAAAGAUUUUCACAAAGAUCACAUCAGAAUCGACACAUGAUCAUCCACACAAGUGAGAAACUGUUCAGUUGUCCUCUCUGUGGCAUGAAAUUCAGACAACGGUCAAAUUUGACAGCACACUUACAAGUUCAUGGAGUAGAAAAACCGUACACCUGCUCCGUUUGUAAAGCAAGUUUCACUCGCAGAGACGGUUUGAACGUACACAUGAGAAGCCACAGUGGAGAGAAACCCUUUAGUUGUUCAGUUUGCGGUAAAAGUUUUGGAGAUAGGUCAACAGUCAUGGCUCAUAUGAAUAGUCACACAGGGGAGAAAAUAUACAGUUGUUCAGUUUGUUGUAGAACAUUUGCACGACACGGAACUCUGAGACGACACAUGGCUACACACACACAGGAGAAACGAUACAGCUGCAGCGCUUGUAACAAAAGUUUCACUCGACUUUAUACUAUUAAAAUACACAAGUGUGUUGGUCAGAGAAGUCAAAAUACAUGAAGUGACAGAGAUGUUGGUCGGUCCAACUUUUGACUGACUGAUGUCUGUGUUCGUCAUUCUUACUAAACUUGACGUUUUCAAACUGUUUCCACUGAGAGAGUUUUGAGUUUAUUGUCAGUUUUCUUGUUUAGAUAUGACUGUUAAUCCUCUAGAAACAACACAGUUAUAUUCAGGGGUGGACCAAUGCGGCUUUUUCAGAUCUGAUAUCCAUUAUUAGAAAUGAAAAAGACUGAAGAGACUGAAAACUGAUAUUUGGGACUUCUGUUCAUUUGCAGUAAAAAUGGAAAAUCUUUGUCUCCAAAUUUUAACCAACCAGUGAUAAAAUAAACCAAAGUACAAUUUGCUCAAGUUCUGCUCUAGAAUACAGUUUUCAGAUAUUUGAGUAUUAUCUAUUUUCAACUACUUCAUAAUUCCUCUCUAACUACAAUUAUUUAAUAACUUCUCUCAUUUUGCAAGUUCUAACUUCCCAACAGCAGCUAGAGUUUGCAGCAGUUAGCUGUAACUCUGGUGAUACACUGACCCCUGUAUUUAACAGCUUCAACAUCUGGCCAGUUCACAUACUGCACCUUUAAAGUUGACGAUUAUCGCUCCAUGUAUGUUUGUUCAUCAUUGCUUUUGAAUUCUAACGUAGUUAAUAGAAUAUUUCAAGUUCAUUUCAAGGUUCAUGUCUGUCAGGGCAUUUUGUGAAAUUAUCAUAGUGUUUAAAAAAAAUGUUUUAAGAGUCAUUGUAACUGAUAAUUAUAAUUAAAACUGUGUAACAUCGUGA